CUCCAGUUUUCCAUCUGGCGAGUUCUCUAAACACUACAAUCUUUGCUUGCUUAGUGCUUGGACUGUGGGUGAAAACCCAGAGAAAGACACCUGGCAACUGGAUCAUUGACCAUGGAGCCACAGGAAUCAGUGACCUUCAAGGAUGUAGCUGUUGACUUCACCCAGGAAGAGUGGACCCUGCUGGGCACACCCGAGAGAAAGCUAUACAGAGAUGUGAUGCUGGAGAACAUCAGUCACCUGGUCUCUGUGGGGUAUCCAAUCUGCAACUCAGGUGUGACUUUCCAGCUGAAGCCAGGAGAAGAGCUGAGGAGAGAAGGGACUGGGUUUCCCCAAGGCCAGACGGCAGGCAUGAGAGAUCCCCUUAAAAAAUCAGAGAUGAUAUUAAUGCAGCAGAUCAGCAAGAAGGGCAUGUCCCCAGCCAUGCCAAUGGAAUCAGUGUCCUUCAAGGAUAUAGCUGUUGACUUCACCCAGGAAGAGUGGGCCCUGCUGGGCACACCCCAGAGAAAGCUCUACAGAGAUGUGGUGCUGGAGAAUAUCAGUGACCUGGUCUCUAUGGGGUAUCGGAUCUGCAACUCGGGUGUGAUUUUCCAGCCGGAGCAAGGACAGCUGAGAGAAGGGACUGGGUUUCCCCAAGGCAAGAUGGCAGGCAUGAAAGGUCCCCUUAAAAAACCAGAGAUGAUAUUAAUGCAGCAGAUCAGCAAGAAGGGCAUAUCCUCCACCAUGCCAAUGGAAUCUCACACUCCAGAGGAUCCUAUUGAAAGUACUGAUUUAAGUGAUGAAUUUACUCAUAGAUCAUCUGUGAGUCAACAUUCUUUAAUUCAUAUAGGAAAGAAACCUUAUGUCAGCCAACAGCGUGGAAAGUCGCCUAGAGAAGAGUCAUGCCUUAAUAGACACAAUGAAAGUCACACCAGAAGUAAUAUAUGUGAAUGUGGGAAAGCCUUUAGUAGUGUCUUCAGCCUCAGACGACACAAGAUGACUCACAGUAAAGAGAAACCAUUUAAAUGUAAUGUAUGUGGGAAAGGCUUUUUGCAAAAAUCUGACCUGAGAAACCACAAUCGAAUGCACACUGGAGAAAAGCCUUAUGAGUGUGGUGAGUGUGGGAAAGCCUUCAGUCAGAGUUCUUACCUUAGACAGCAUGAAGCAAUUCACACAGGAGAGAAACCCUAUGAAUGUCCCCUAUGUGACAAAGCUUUCAGUCAAAGAUCUUACCUUAAAAAACAUGAGAGAAUCCAUCCUGGGGAGAAACUGUAUAAAUGUCAUCAGUGUGGGAAAUCCUUUAAUCAAAGUUCUGGCCUUAGCCAGCACAAGAAAAUUCACAGGGGGGAGAAACCACAUGUAUGUUCCAUAUGUGAGAAGGCUUUCAGUCAAAGUUCUGAGCUAACACGUCACAACAGAACACACACCAGAGAAAAACCAUAUCAAUGUGGUCAGUGUGGGAAUGCCUUCAGUCAACACACUAAUCUCACAAGACACCAGAGAACCCACACUGGAGAACAGCCUUAUGCAUGUCAGCUAUGUGGAAAAGGCUUCAGUCAUUGUUCUUCCCUUAGAAGACAUGAGGGAACCCAACACAGGGGAGAAAAUCAUGAAAGCCUUCAGUAG